AUGUCGGAACUCACCGAAGUCAGCCAAAAGAAGCGCAAGCUGCAGGACGGUCCUGAGCUUGAAAUCGAUGUCUCUGCACCAGAGCCAGCCUCAAAAAAGGCCCUGCGCAAAGCGAAAAAGAACAAAGGAGGCGAUGCGGGAGAUGGUGAAAAACCCAAGUCCAGCAAGUCCAGCAAACCCGAAUCCAAAGAAGCCGAAACAGAGGGGAAGCGGUCCCAAUAUGGUAUCUGGAUUGGAAACCUAUCGUUCACUGUGACCAAAGAAGAGCUGCGCAUGUUCUUCACCGUCAACUCCGACAUUUCCGAGUCUGAUAUCACUCGAAUCCAUCUCCCCAAGGGCCCCGAGAGAUUUGGGAGGGCACAGAACAGAGGCUUUGCUUAUGUCGACUUCACCGACAAGAAGUCUUUGCAAGAAGCAAUUGGCCUAAGCGAGCAGCUCAUGACCGGCCGCCGCGUGCUCAUCAAGGAUGCAAACAACUUUGAAGGUCGCCCUGAGAAAUCCGAAACCCAAGAGAAUGCUGCAGUCUGGCCACCCCCCUCCAAGCGGAUUUUCGUCGGCAACCUGAGCUUCGAUGUGACCAAGGAAAACCUCGAAGAAAACUUCAGCAAAUGCGGAACUGUUACCAACGUGCAUAUGGCGACUUUCCAAGACACCGGAAAAUGCAAGGGUUAUGCGUGGGUGGAGUUUGAAGAACUCGCUGCCGCAGAAGCAGCGGUGAGAGGAUUCAUGUUGGUCAAGGAGGAUGACGGUGAAGAGGAUUCCUCCGACAGUGAUUCCGACUCAGCAUCCGAGAAGAAGAAGAAGUCGAAGAAGCUAAAGCCUCGUAUGCAAAGGGUUUGGGUGAACCAGCUUAUGGGCCGCCGUAUGCGAAUGGAAUUUGCCGAAGAUGCGUCUACACGAUACAAGAAGCGCUUUGGAAAGGAUGCCGAGAAGAAGGAUGAGCCCGCUAUUACCGAAGUCGAUGGCGAAUCACGAGAAAGACCCCGACACAAGAAGAGACGUGAAUCCAUCGAUGACUCUCGCUACUCCAAGGAAACCGUCCAGAAGCUCAGUGGUGCCAUUGUCGAGGCCCAAGGCCAGAAGACCACGUUUGACUAA